AUGUCGGAGUUGCGGUUUGACAACCAGACCGUCGUCGUGACGGGUGCUGGUGGUGGCUUGGGUAAGGCCUACGCUACCUUCUUCGCCUCGCGAGGCGCCAACGUCGUCGUCAACGACCUCGGUGCUUCUCACAAGGGUGAGGGCAAGUCCUCCAAGGCUGCCGAUGUCGUCGUUGAGGAGAUCCGUGCCGCGGGCGGCAAGGCCGUCGCCAACUACGACAGCGUCGAGAAUGGCGAGGCCAUCAUCGACACCGCCAUCAAGAGCUUCGGUCGUGUGGAUAUCCUCAUCAACAACGCUGGUAUCCUCCGCGAUAUCAGCUUCAAGAACAUGAAGGAUGAGGACUGGGAUCUCAUCAACAAGUGCGCUCGCGCUGCUUGGCCUCACUUCCGGAAACAAAAGUACGGUCGUGUCAUUAACACGGCCUCUGCUGCCGGUCUCUUCGGUAGCUUCGGUCAGGCCAACUACUCGGCCGCCAAGCUCGGUCAGGUCGGUUUCACCGAGACCCUGGCCAAGGAGGGUGCCAAGUACAACAUCAUUGCCAACGUCAUUGCCCCCAUUGCCGCUAGCCGUAUGACCGCCACCGUCAUGCCCCCGGAGGUCCUCGAGAACCUUAAGCCCGAGUGGGUGGUCCCUCUCGUGGCCGUCCUGUGCCACUCCUCCAACACCACCGAGUCCGGCGGCAUCUACGAAGUUGGCGGUGGUCACGUCGCUAAGCUGCGCUGGGAGCGUGCCAAGGGUGCUCUCCUCAAGACCGACGCCUCGCUCACUCCUGGUGCCAUUGCCCGCAAGUGGAACGAUGUCAACGACUUCUCCGCUCCUAGCUACCCUACCGGUCCCGCCGACUUCAUGUCUCUGCUCGAGGAUGGCCUGAAGACCCCCAGCGCCCAGGCUGGUCAGGAGCCUGACUUCAAGGGCAAGGUGGCCCUCGUCACCGGUGGUGGUAACGGUCUCGGCCGCUCUUACUGCCUUCUGUUCGCCAAGUACGGCGCCUCCGUCGUCGUCAACGAUCUGGUUGACCCCGAGCCUGUCGUCCAGGAGAUCCGUCAGAUGGGCGGUAAGGCCGUUGGCAACAAGGCCUCCUGCGAGGACGGUGACGCCGUCAUCAAGACCGCCAUCGAUGCCUUCGGUCGCAUUGAUAUCCUCGUGAACAACGCUGGUAUCCUGCGUGACAAGGCCUUCACCAACAUGAAUGACGACCUCUGGAACCCUGUGAUCAACGUCCAUCUCCGUGGCACUUACAAGGUCACCAAGGCCGCCUGGCCCUACAUGCUGAAGCAGAAGUACGGUCGCAUCAUUAACACCGCCAGCACCAGCGGUAUCUACGGUAACUUUGGCCAGGCCAACUACGCUGCCGCUAAGCUGGGUAUCCUUGGUUUCUCCCGUACCCUCGCCCUCGAGGGUGCCAAGUACAACAUCAAGGUCAACACCAUUGCCCCCAACGCCGGUACCAACAUGACCCGCACCAUCAUGCCCGAGGAGAUGGUGCAGGCAUUCAAGCCCGACUACGUUGCUCCUCUUGUGGUCCUCCUCGGCUCGGACAUGGCUCCGGAGCCCUCUACCAAGGGUCUCUUCGAGUGCGGCAGUGGCUGGUUCGCUCGCACCCGCUGGCAGCGCACCGGCGGUCACGGCUUCCCCGUGGACGUGAAGCUGACCCCCGAGGAGGUGCUCAAGCACUGGAACGAUAUUGCCAACUUCGAUGACGGCCGCGCCGAUCACCCCGAGGACGGCCAGGCCGGUACUGAGAAGGUCAUGGCCAACAUGGCCAACCGCGCUGGUGGUGCCGAGGAGGGUGGCAACGACAUCCUUGCCAACAUCGAGAAGGCCAAGCAGGCCAAGAGCGAUGGUACUCCCUUCGAUUACGUCGACCGUGAUAUCAUCCUCUACAACCUCAGCUUGGGCGCCAAGCGCACCGACCUGCCUCUCGUGUACGAGAACAACGAGCACUUCCAGGCCCUCCCCACCUACGGUGUGAUCCCGUGGUUCAACACGGCCACCCCCUGGAACAUGGAUGACAUUGUCAAGAACUUCUCUCCCAUGAUGCUUCUCCACGGUGAGCAGUACAUGGAGAUCCGCAAGUUCCCCAUCCCCACCGCCGCCAACACUGUCACCUACCCCAAGCUCAUCGACGUUGUCGACAAGGGCAACGCCGCUCUUGUCGUGGCCGGCUACACCACCAAGGACGCCAAGACCGGCGAGGACCUGUUCUACAACGAGUCCACCGUCUUCAUCCGUGGCAGCGGUGGCUUCGGUGGCUCGCCCAAGCCCACGGCCGCCCGCCCCAAGGCUGCCACCGCCGCCUACAAGCCUCCCAAGCGUCAGCCCGAUGCCGUCAUUGAGGAGAAGACCUCUGAGGACCAGGCCGCCCUCUACCGUCUCAACGGUGACCGCAACCCUCUCCACAUUGACCCCGAGUUCAGCAAGGUUGGUGGCUUCAAGACCCCCAUCCUCCACGGUCUUUGCUCUCUGGGCGUCUCCGGCAAGCACGUGUUCACCAAGUUCGGUGCUUUCAAGAACCUGAAGGUCCGUUUCGCUGGUGUCGUGCUCCCUGGCCAGACCCUGAAGACCGAGAUGUGGAAGGAGGGCAACACCGUCCUGUUCCAGACCACCGUAGUCGAGACCGGCAAGCCUGCCAUCACCGGCGCCGGUGUUGAGCUUUUGGAGGGAGCCAAGGCUAAGCUGUAA